AUGGCCAUUUUCACGGUUUGUGGGAACGGUCUGGUCGUCUGGGUUAUUGUGGGAAGUCCAAGGUUUCAUAACACAUGCUCCGCCCUCUUCUGCAGUUUAGCGGUUGCAGACUUUCUCCUAGGAUCUUUAGUUCUUCCCUUGCACUCUGCCAUUCAGUUUUUAGCCCUUGGAAGGGAAUGUUUCCCGAGGUUACUACUAGGCUUUUUGUUUUCCCUCACGUACGUACUUAAUGGGGCUUCGCUCCUCACUUUGUGUUUGUUGAGUAUUGACCGCUGUAUUGUGGUCAUGUACCCUUUGAGGUACAAGACAUUCAUGACGCGCACCAAGCUUGCAACUAGCCUAUCUUUAAUCUGGGUGUUUACCUUAACAUCAGGUACUGUUAAAGCCGCACGAAUAAUCCCAAGAUCUCCCCUCACAAAGCUCCUUCUUGUCAGCGUUCUGAUACCUUAUGCUGUUAUUAUACUCAGCUACGCCCUCGUGUACCAUCAAAUAAAACGGCAAAAUCGAGUACGGGCAGUCCUGACGAAUACAAACCAAGAGAGGUUUCAAAAGUCGGAGGAUAGGCUCGCUAAGACGAUCGCCAUGGUAAUAGGGGGCUUUACCGCUUCCUGGACGCCAUUUGCAUUCGCGAUUAUGAUUCUCCCAGAGGGUGUCGAAGAUAUUGAUCACCCUUUGUUGCAGUCAGCGGCACUCUUCACGUUUAUCUCACCGGCCAUUAAUCCGCUACUGUACUUCUUUCGCAGUAAGGAGUUUCGCGACGAGGCAAUAAAGGUUCUUGGAAAAAGAAUUCCUAAAAAAUUGCGGCGAAGGAGAGAGCUAGCGCAGCCAGGAGUCAAUGGAAGACAAGAAAGACCUAUUAAAGAGCUACAAGUAAUUACGAUGCCUCUUUAA